GCAGACGACAUAACGCAGCCAGCGCGAGCGCUCGUUUCUCUUUCCAAACCUGCGAUGGCGUCGGCUGCGGCGGCGGCCGCGGCAGCCGUUUCGGAUCCCCGGUCGACCGUUCGCAAGAUCAUCGCUCAAGAUCUUUCCGCAGCCGACUUCCAGUGGUCGCUCUUUGUCGCUGCCCUUCGAUCAUACAGGUACGAUACAGUCCUACGUCCAUUUCCCAAUGCAUUCUCAGACAGAGAUAGUGACACGAAGCAGGUCGACGAGCUUCGCGACGUGGCCGCCAGAGUGCCCGCGCUCGCUUCAGUGUUGACGGACUCCUCAAACACGAUACCGCUAGAAGCGUGGCAGUUGCUCUGUUGGGUGCUAACUUACGGCGACGUCAAGAUUCGCACCCGGAGGAAAGAAGACGUGAAGGAACUGGAAAAUUCAGCGGUCGACCGUGUCUUUGAAGUCGUCGAAAAUCCGCUGACUGAUCGUAGGUUUGAAGCGUCGAGGGUAGACAAAGAAGUGUUCUUCGCAUACCACGGUUCGAGACUGGACAAUUUUUAUUCCAUACUACACAAUGGUCUUCUGGCACACAUGAACAAGAACAGCCUGUUUGGAACAGGAACUUACCUGUCAAGUGAACUGGACGUCUCGGCAGCGUUUAGCCCAGCGAGUUACGGAUGGCAACAGUCAUCCGUCAGUCCAGAGUUCAGCUGCGUCGCCAUGUGCGAAGUUGUGGACCAUCCCGACGUCAAGUGCCAGGAUCGUGCGAAAAACAGACCUUCCAGGGCAUACGCAGACGACUCGCUCGGCGGCAAAAUUCCAGAAAGAUAUUAUCUCGUCCAGAAUAAUUCUGUGGUCCGGGUCAAGUACUUUUUGCUAUAUACCGCGACCCAUCCCAGGACGCCAUCGCCCAGACCCGAGGUCCUACCCGCUGGACUGAUGAGGCCCAGCCCCAGCUACUGUUCCAGUCCCAUUGCGCUAUUCUUCAGGAAUAAUAAGUCAGCACUGGUGAUCGUGGCCUACGUCUUCCUACUGGUUGCUGUUGGGUUGUCCAGUUCAAAAUCUGGUCAGCACUUUGUGAGACGAUUAUUAAGGCUGACGUAGACAUAGUCGGAUGCUUUGCUGAAUAUGUGGUACGAGGCUUGUUUUAUAUUUUUACAUAAAUGGUAUAUGCGACAGACUGAAUGCGUGCUGCUAUAUUUUAGUAAAUAUAUAUAUGGUCGACUUGUACGUUAUUUUUGUGAGGAUCGAGUUGGGCAGGUGUCCGUCCAGGCCUUUUCGUAGAAAAAUAAAAAGGGAGUAAAUUCGA